AUGUUCAUGCAUUUGGAGGUUUUCUAUUACAUUUUCGUUCUCCUGGCUCACAUGAGGCCAUACUGCUGCUGGUCAGUGAAUAAUUUCUUGAUGACUGGACCCAAGGCAUACCUGAUCUACUCCAGCAGUGUGGCAGCAGGAGCUCAGAGUGGCAUAGAGGAGUGCAAAUACCAGUUUGCAUGGGACCGCUGGAACUGCCCCGAGAGAGCUCUGCAGCUGUCCACGCACAGCAGCCUGCGCAGCGCAAAUCGGGAGACUGCGUUCGUUCAUGCCAUCAGCUCCGCUGGAGUCAUGUACACUUUAACCAGAAACUGCAGUCUCGGAGACUUCGACAACUGUGGCUGUGAUGACAGCAGGAACGGCCAACGAGGCGGUCAUGGUUGGCUCUGGGGAGGCUGCAGUGACAACGUUGGCUUUGGCGAGGCCAUCUCCAAACAGUUUGUUGAUGCGUUGGAGACUGGACAGGAUUCACGAGCAGCCAUGAAUCUCCACAACAACGAGGCUGGGCGCAAGGCCGUGAAGGGGACCAUGCAGAAGACAUGCAAGUGCCACGGGGUGUCAGGAAGCUGCACCACUCAGACCUGCUGGCUGCAGCUGCCAGAAUUCAGGGAAGUGGGGAACUACUUGAAGGAGAAGUACCACAGGGCUCUGAAGGUGGAUCUCCUCCGAGGAGCGGGGAACAGCGCGGCCAGCCGGGGUGCCGUCGCUGAGAACUUUAGCUCCAUCUCUCGUAAGGAGCUGGUCCACCUCGAAGACUCCCCCGACUACUGCCUGGAAAACCGCACACUGGGUUUGCCGGGCACAGAGGGCAGAGAGUGCCUCAAGAAGGGCAAGAACUUGAGCAAAUGGGAGAAACGAAGCUGCAAGAGGCUAUGCGGGGAGUGCGGGCUGGCCGUGGAGGAACGCAAAGCUGAGAUAGUGUCGAGCUGUAAUUGUAAAUUCCACUGGUGCUGCACGGUUAAGUGUGAGCAGUGCAGAAAGACAGUGACCAAGUACUUUUGUGUAAAGAAAGGAGGUCAGAGGGGAAGGAAUGAGAGUGCCGGUAGCCGAAGGAAGAACCUCAGACUGAGGAAGAAGCACUGAGCAUCUUCAUCAUGCUGUCAUCAUAUUCGUAUACCACUGCAGCUCCUGUCAACACUCUAACUCUCUGUGCAUGUUCAGAAAGUGUGUGUGUUUUGGACAAAAGCUUAGCAAAACUACAAGUUCAGACCAUCUUCAUUGUGAAAUUUGUAUUAAGAGUUAAAGACAGUGAGAUGUGCCCAAAGCCACAUGAUAGAGAAGUUUACAACUUUGUAGAGUUUUUGGUAUAAAUGUAUUUAAGAUAUAUUUUUUUAUAAGUUUUUUUUCCACUGGGCAUUUGAGGAGUAAUUCUCUGACUUCAAAAUUCUCCACAAGAUGAUUUAUUUAUUGUCAUACAUACACAUAAACCUUGGGAAAUUGUUAGGAAUUAGUUAUUCACUUUUGAGUGAUGGAUGAUCUGACUGUUGAGAACUGGCAAAAUUAGCUUCUAGAAUCACAACUUUUGACGACCCUUCAGGUUGUAUUCCCAUGAAAAGACCUACCAGUCAUCUUUUUCAACUAUCACUGCCAAGCUUUGAAUUCAUUUAGAAAUAUUUUUUACAUUUUUUGGGGGGAAAGUCUCCUCUCCCACCAUCUUGCUCGCCCUGACGUUUG